AUGGUCUCGACAAGAACAUUCCUCUUCGUCGCCUUGGCGGCAGUUGUAUCCGCUGCGCCUCCGUGCCCACCACCGGACCCCCCGAACUCGACCGUCAACUACACCCUCCCCAGCAUCGGAGGCGGCGCGCCCGACCUCGUCCCCCCCGCCGACAACCUAGUCGUCAAGAAGAUCGCGGUCGGCCACGGCAUCCAGAACUACAGCUGCGGGUCGACCACCGGCGACAGCAUCGCGGCCGGCGCCGUCGCCGUGCUCUACGACGUCACGAGCUUCUACCCCGGGACGAAGCGGACCGGCAUCCGGAAGCAUCUCUGGGACAGCCUGCCGUCCAGGGCGCUGUGGGAGCAGCCUCUCCCGCUCAACAAGCUAGCCGGCUCCCAGUUCGGCGCCGACCCGGUCGCGCCGUUCCCCAGGAACCCGGCCGCCGACCUGCGCCUGCGCCUGCGCGGGCUGCCCGCGGCGGCCCGGUUCCUGGGACACCACUACUUCGACAUCGAGGGGGUCCCGACCUUUGACCUCUCCGCCGCCGCGGCGGGGGGGGGGGGGGGGGGUCUCCGCGCCGCCGUCGCCAAGGUCGACAGCAAGAGCGCGCCCGCGACCGCCGACAAGGGCGUCCUCGGCACCGGCGCCGUCCCCUGGCUCAGGCUCGACGACGACGGCCGGGGCGGCUCCCGCGGCGUCGCCUCCGUCUUCCGCGUCGUCACCGCCGGCGGAAACCCCCAGAGCUGCUCGGUCGCGGGCGAAGGCGUGCAGAGCAUCCCGUACACGGCCUUUUACUGGUUUUACGGAUAA